GUACUUGGAGGGCAGAAAAAAAGGGGCGGGAAGGGGGAAAGCCGUCGUCGACGAGCCUUCCACCCCACCUCCCGCCUAUAAAUUGCCACGACGCCAUUUUUUCUGUCCUUUUAGUCUCCGAUUCUAACGGUGUGAGGUUUGCGGCUGCAUCUGAACGCACUCAUUCCAACGUUAAAAAAUGGGCAAGGAAAAGACGCACAUCAACAUUGUUGUCAUUGGUCACGUCGAUUCUGGCAAAUCUACAACCACAGGUCAUCUGAUCUACAAAUGUGGUGGAAUUGAUAAGAGAACCAUCGAAAAAUUUGAGAAGGAAGCUGCUGAGAUGGGCAAAGGAUCCUUCAAGUAUGCCUGGGUUUUAGAUAAACUGAAGGCUGAACGUGAGCGUGGUAUUACCAUUGACAUCUCUCUUUGGAAGUUUGAAACUUCAAAGUACUACAUCACCAUCAUUGAUGCCCCAGGACACAGAGACUUCAUCAAGAACAUGAUUACUGGAACCUCACAGGCUGACUGCGCUGUGCUGAUAGUUGCAGCUGGCGUGGGUGAGUUUGAAGCUGGUAUCUCAAAGAAUGGACAGACAAGGGAACACGCUCUGCUUGCCUACACCUUGGGUGUCAAGCAGCUCAUUAUUGGUAUCAACAAGAUGGACUCCACUGAACCCCCAUACAGCGAGGCAAGAUACAGUGAAAUCACGAAGGAAGUCAGCACGUACAUCAAGAAGAUCGGCUAUAACCCAGCAACUGUAGCAUUUGUUCCCAUUUCUGGUUGGAAUGGCGACAACAUGCUGGAACAAAGUCAGAAUAUGGGCUGGUUCAAAGGUUGGUCAAUUACCAGGAAAAAUGAAAACCUCUCUGGUACCACACUGCUUGAAGCCCUCGACAGCAUUCAGCCCCCAGAACGCCCAAUAAAGAAACCUCUUCGUCUCCCUCUCCAGGAUGUCUACAAGAUUGGUGGCAUUGGCACCGUACCAGUUGGCCGGGUUGAGACAGGUGUUCUGAAACCAGCCAUGUUGGUGCAGUUUGCUCCCAAUCCAGUCAUCACUGAAGUGAAAUCUGUGGAAAUGCACCAUGAAGCCCUGCUAGAAGCUCUUCCUGGUGACAAUGUUGGUUUCAACGUCAAGAACGUCUCUGUUAAGGAUAUCCGUCGAGGUUAUGUUGCUGGUGACAACAAAAAUGACCCUCCAAUACAAACUGCUGAUUUUACUGCACAGGUUAUUAUCCUGAACCAUCCCGGUCAGAUAGCUGCUGGCUAUGCCCCAGUACUUGAUUGUCAUACUGCUCACGUUGCCUGCAAGUUCAAUGAGCUGAAGGAGAAAAUUGAUCGUCGGUCUGGCAAGAAGUUGGAAGAUGGCCCCAAAUUUGUGAAGUCUGGAGAUGCAGCCAUUGUUCACAUGAUGCCAACUAAGCCCAUGUGUGUCGAAAGCUUUUCUGAAUAUCCACCUCUUGGUCGCUUUGCUGUCCGUGAUAUGAGACAGACUGUGGCUGUUGGUGUGAUCAAGUCAGUUACUAAGAAAGAUAUUGCCACAAAAGCCACCAAGGCUGCCAGUAAAGUAUUAAACAAGAGGUGAAUGUUACCACUGGCCACCAAGAUCCAGCAAACCUUGAGACUUGCACCAAAAUGUUUAUUCAUUACCAGCCAAAUAUGUAUAUUAAUAAGAGACUGGAUAUUGACUAAGAUGCAUCGAAAGAAAUUCAGAAGGAAAGGAUAAGGAAUGACGGAUUCUAAAUGUAGAUUCCAAAGUUAGCAGUGUAAUUGUAAAUGUCCUUUCACUAAUUAGAAACUGUUUUGGUUGUGUAAUGAUUUAAAACUAAUAAAUAUACAAAACCA